GGGGCUUUCUAUGGCUAUAGACUACAAGGACAAACAGCACCCCCAAACCCCAGAGCUCAGUUAUGAAGCUGCUCAUGGGGAGAAGAUGGAAGGAGAGAUUUCGGUCUAAAGCAGAUGAGCUGAGCUGAAGGUAUUGCUCCAUCCUUCUCACCAGACAGGCAAAAAAAUGUAAUCGGAGGAGCUGAAAAGCUGAGCAGCCUGCCAGCACUGGCACCCUGCAUCCUGCACAGGCUCCCACCGCCUCGGGCAUCUUUUCCUCUCCCCCUUUGCCUCCUGCAAGAUUUAAGCCUUUCAUUUGCAACCUCGACUCCUGACAAUCCCUGUCAAUAAAUGAGGGAGCAUAAUGCUGAACAGCAUCACCGAUGGGCUCCUGUGCUGCCUGAUGGGCAAAACGAUGAACGCCGUGGGGCCGCUGGACAGCAUUGAGUCCAGCAACGGCUACAGCUUCAUGGAGGUGAAACCGGGGAGAAUCCUGCGGGUCAGGCACAGCGCACCCAACCGCCCGGCCCCGGAGGAGCCCGAGGGGACCCAGCCUGGGGGGCCGGAGCGGGGCACGGUGCACUGCAAGCGCAAGAUCACCGUUUACCGCAACGGGCAGCUGGUGAUCGAGAACCUGGGGGACGCUGUCCGCUCCGAGAUCCUGCACUGCCAGAACGGUUCGGGGGAACCCAACAGCACUGUGGAGCUGGAGCUCUCUGACCCGGCCGGCCAAGCUCCUGCGCAGGGUCCCACCGGCACGCCGGGAUGUGGCACGCCGGGAUGCGGCACGCGGGAAGCAGCCGCUGCCCCCGGCAAGCGUCGGAAGCGUAAACCCAAGAAAGUCGUCAACAUCGACUGCAAGAAGCAGAUCACGAGCUGCAAAGGGACGCACAGUGACGUGGUCCUCUUCUUCAUCCACGGCGUGGGCGGCUCGCUGGACAUCUGGAAGGAGCAGCUGGACUUCUUUACCAAGCUGGGCUACGAAGUGGUGGCUCCCGACCUGGCCGGCCAUGGUUGCAGCACGGCUCCCCAAAUUGCUGCCGCGUACACCUUCUACGCGCUGGCGGAGGACAUGAGGGCCGUCUUCAAGCGCUACGCGAAGAAGAGGAAUAUCCUGAUAGGACACUCAUAUGGGGUAUCCUUCUGCACCUUCCUCGCCCACGAGUACCCAGACCUGGUCCAUAAAGUGAUCAUGAUCAACGGCGGGGGCCCGACGGCGCUGGAGCCCAGCCUCUGCUCCAUCUUCAACAUGCCCACCUGCGUGCUGCACUGCCUGUCCCCAUGCCUGGCCUGGAGCUUCCUCAAGGCUGGCUUCGCUCGCCAGGGUGCCAAAGAGAAGCAGUUGCUGAAGGAAGGCAACGCCUUCAACGUGUCCUCCUUCGUGCUGCGUGCCAUGAUGAGCGGGCAGUACUGGCCGGAGGGUGACGAGGUUUACCACGCCGAGCUGGCCGUGCCCGUGCUCCUGGUCCAUGGCAUGCACGACAAAUUCGUCCCGGUGGAGGAAGACCAGCGAAUGGCUGAGAUCCUGCUCAUCGCCUUCCUGAAGGUGAUCGACGAGGGCAGCCACAUGGUGAUGAUGGAGUGUCCCGAGACGGUGAACACGCUGCUCCACGAGUUCGUCCUGUGGGAGCCCGAGACGCCAGCUGGGGACGGGCAAGGGGAGAAGAAAUAAAGCGGCGGGACGUGGUGACCGGGCUGCUCCGAUGGGAGAGAUGUUUCGGAGCAGAGAGGGCUUUGCGAGAGCGGAGGGGUGCGGCGGAGGCUGCCCUCGCCAGGAGCUUGGCCGAUUUUCUUUCCCGGCCGCAUCGCGGGCUGGUGGCGGAGCGCGGAGGCUCCCCCGGGCAGGGGUGUGCGAGGCCGGCAGCGGGAACACGGCAGACCUGGUCCCUGUCCCCUCGGGGACAGCGUGGCAGCCGCUGGAGCGUCUUCAUCUUGUUUCUUUGUAGUAGUAUUUUUCUCACGCAGCGACACCCCCCCACCCCCCACCCCAACCCCCAGGAACAGAGAAGAGGCGGCUGCGGGGAGACUGGUCCCACCUGCAGCAAACUGGGAGGAACUUGGAGGGGUUCCUCCAGGGAGAGCGUGUCAGCUCCAGCAUCAUCGCAGCCAGGGCCGGAGGAGCUGAGCUGGGAUUGCUUUAUGGCCUCAGCAGCAGGAUUUGCCUGUCUGAGCCCCACAGCACCUCGCUCGAGCCAUCUGUGGGGCUGGGAGGAUGGGACCACUGUUAUUGUUGCUGCCUGGUGCUGGAGAGGGUCUGCCUGCACAGCUCAUCUCUGCCUGGCCAGGAGAUGAGGAUGAGGAGGUGACCUGCUCCCGCGGGCACAGCCAGAAGGACCGUCAGCUCCCCCCUCAUGGUGGGACUGGCAUGGCUAUGGUGGGGGAAGACAACGCCAAACCUGAGCUCUCCCGUGGUCCCCCAGUGCCACCAUCCCUGCAGUCACAUCCCCACCCACCAUCGCUUUAGGUUGGCUUCUGCAGAGCCCUCUGCUUCCCUCCUGCUGCCGCAUCCUCCAGAUGCUCAGAGCCAUCGCCACCGUGCAGCGACUCCCGCAGCCUCUCGUCCGCUCGCCUUUCCCAGCUUCCAGCUCCCUCCAUGACUCCGGGACCCACCACCCGCUCCCGGACCACGUGUCCGUUGGGAUCACACCCGUCCCUCAUGCACCGGGGGACCAGCAAUUCACCGUCCCGUUGCCGCUGCGUCCGUCCUUGCUGAUGACUCCCAGAUGGAUCCAAGGGGUCUCGGAGCAACACGGGAACAACGAAGCAAAUUGCGACUGUUUGAUCGCAACGGACCACAGCUUGUUACCUGCUGACACCGUUCUGUACAUAACCCACUGGGUCCCACCAUCUCCCCUCUGUGCUUCACAUCCCGCUGCCAGGAGCCAGGCAGGACCGAGAAGGUACAUGAGAAGUGUCGAGCGGGGACCUGGGCACCAUCGCGGGGUCCAGGGGCUCCCGAGCGAGCCGGGAGGAUGCUGUGUUCGAAGGAUGGCCCCAACCUCCCCACUACCCCAAAGAGCGGAGCCACUCCCUGCUUCCUGGUUUGUUUCUCUGUUUCCCCCCAUCUAAACCAAAGAAACCACCAGUCCCAUGGAAACCUCGCCCUUGUCCCAUGUCCCACCCAGCUCCCACCUCGCCCCAAACGGGGCUGGCACCUCAACAAGACACCCCAAGUUGGCUCGAGGAGUCCCUGGCUGGGCAGGGCUGCUCUAACUGGAGCUGGCACCCACCCUCCAUGCUCCUUCCCUGAGGCUGAGCCCACCUUUCCCCCCCAAAGUGAGCAAUGUAGAAGAGGGAGGGUCCUUCAGAGCUGGCCCCAGCGUGGCGGGGACCUCAUGUGAUGAAUGUCCUCCCCAGGUGGCCCCCGCUCCGUCCCAGCACCGGGGCAGAGCUGCCCCUCUGCCAGCGCCCGCCCCUGCCCGCUGCUGCCACAACCUGUCUCAUAAUGAGAAUUUUAACGACCCUGGGUUCAGAUCGUUCCCCUGCAACACUUCUCCCACCCCAUCCUGGCCAGGAACUUCCCGCAGCAUGGUUGGGGUCUGCAAAGAAAGUACCAAGAAAUUCCACCGUACCCCAAAAAUCACAGCUCUGCCCCCGCCGUGACCCACCCCCCGCAGCCGGCUUCGGGUGCCUGGCUGUGGGCCACAGCUCUUCAACCUCUGUUUGCCACGGAGUCUGUGCCGCUUGUACCCACAUCGCUUGUGCUAAGGCCAAGGCAAACUGCUCACCAUAACCCCCGCUGCUGAGCCACGUGCCGUGUUAGUGCCAUUUCAUACAGUAAAGCCGUGUUAUAUUCUCA